AUGGCGAAAGUUGAGCCAGAACCCAGAGCAUGGAUUAACGGAGAUAAAGAGAUAACGAAACUCUGCCUCCACCAGCAAAUUCUAAACAGUUUUCAUCUGAAGAAAAACCCUCCUCACCAACCCCAAGUUAAACUAAAUAAACCUAAUUUAUGUGCUCCCCCAACAUAUGCAUUUCUUCAUUUCUUUUUCCUCUAUAUAUAUUCGUCUCACGCGGCCCAGGGUGGUCGUAAAACUCUGAUCUUAAGCGAGACAGGAGCGAUGAAGCAACGCAAAAGCAACAAAUUUUCCAUAUUUGUUAUAGUUUUCUCUGUGUUCUUAUUUGUGAUUUUUAUGCACAAUGAGGACGUGAAGUCCAUAGCGGAGUUCCCGUUUUCAACCUCUAAAGCCAGCGAAAUCCAAGAGCGGCAGCAAUCCCAACAAGGCAACCCAGUUCAAGAAUCUGUCAAGAACCAUAAAGAAAAUGAGGUCACGUCGUUUAAUUUCAAAGCUUCAACUGAAGACUUGAUAAGGGAAACUGAUGACUAUGUCAUAAAAACCAUAGUUGUGAAAGGUGAUGAACAAAAGAUAGAGCAUAAUAAAGAAGAAAAGACUGAGGCACUUGCAGUCAUUGAAGAAGACGAUGAGGAUGUCGAAUUGCCUCCGAAAGACUGUGAUCUCUUCAUCGGACAAUGGGUUUUUGACAACGUAACACAUCCUUUAUACAAAGAAGACGAGUGUGAGUUUCUUACAGCGCAAGUUACUUGCAUGAGGAAUGGAAGAAAGGAUUCUUUGUAUCAGAAUUGGAGAUGGCAACCUAGAGGUUGUAAUCUUCCCAAGUACAAACCGAGAUUAUUGCUUGAGAAGCUGAGGAACAAAAGGCUUAUGUUCGUUGGAGAUUCACUAAACAGAAAUCAAUGGGAAUCCAUGAUUUGUCUGGUUCAAUCUGCUGUCCCUCCAGGAAGGAAGAGCUUGAACAGAACGGGGUCUCUAUCUGUGUUCAGAAUUGAGGACUACAAUGCGACAGUGGAGUUUUAUUGGGCUCCUUUUCUGGUUCAAUCAAAUUCAGACGACCCAACAAGCCACAACAUCUUGGAUCGUAUAAUCAUGCCUGAAUCAAUCAACAAACAUGGCAAGAACUGGAAAGACGUCGACUAUUUGGUCUUCAAUACAUACAUUUGGUGGAUGAACACUUUCACCAUGAAAAUCUUGCGAGGAUCUUUCAAACGAGGAGAUGCAGAAUACGACGAGAUCAAACGAACCGUAGCGUAUAGAAGAGUGCUGAAAACAUGGUCUAAAUGGGUUGAGAAAAACGUGAAUCCGAAUCAGACCACUGUUUUCUUCAACAGCAUGUCUCCACUUCAUAUCAAGAGCUUGGACUGGAACAAUCCAGAUGGGAUCAGAUGUGCCCUGGAAACUACCCCAAUUCUGAACCAGUCAAUGUACCUAGACGUAGGCACUGACCGCAGGCUAUUUGUCAUUGCCAACAACAUUACUCAAAGCAUGAAAGUUAAGGUCCAUUUUAUUAACAUUACGAGCCUUUCGGAAUACAGAAAAGAUGCACAUACCUCGGUCUAUACCAUCCGACGAGGGAAGAUGCUUACCAUAGAACAAAAGGCUGAUCCGGCCACUUUUGCAGAUUGUAUCCAUUGGUGCCUUCCCGGGUUACCGGACACGUGGAAUGAGUUCCUCUACACACGUAUCGUCUCUAUGUCAUGACAUCUAGACAUAAUUCUCAUUACCUGUUUAGACUUUAUCACUCAGCGAAACUUCGCCUAAGCCGAUUCACAAAACUGUACG